AAUAUUACUGUAGUGGCAGUGAUAGUGUCAACAGUGUAUCUAAGAACAGAGAUGCAAACCGGUGGUGAAGCUGAUGGUGAGGUUAACACUGGGGCUCUAUCUUUAGCUUGAUCUUCAACUUCUUCAAUGGUUUCGCAGAGCUAGCUUUCACUACCAUAAGGCUCCUAGUGCUUCACAAGCACAUGGACCUCCGCUUCUAUCCUUCAUGGGAUUUCACCUUCUCAAACUUCCUCUUGAGAAGUCCCAUUUCUCUUAUGGAGUCUGUUGUUUGGGUUGGUGUCACUUACCAUAUCAUUGGCUUCUCUGGAGAAGCAAGCAGGUUUCUCCAUUUAUUAUUCUUUUUUAUUUUCUUUUAAUUACUGCAUCAAUUAAUGAUUCUAUGAAUCUAAGAAGAGAGAUUCUUUGGUUUAUCCGACGGAUUUUUCAAGCAGAUGUUCCUCAUCUUUUUGAUCCAGCAAACUGCUGCUGGGUUGUUCAGGCUCAUUGGUGGACUUUGCAGAUUGAUGGUAAUCUCUAACAGUGUAGGAAGUCUUCUUCUCCUCUUCAUGUUCGCUAUUGGAGGUUUCACUCUACCAAGUGGUUCUUAGCUUCUUCCAAAUUUCAGUCCAUGCUUCAAUGAAUCCCAAGUUUCAGUUAUAUGAUUUCCAUCUCUUCUCCAACAGAUGAAAUUAGAAAAUGGUGUAUCUGGGGCUAUUGGUGUUCACCUAUCUCAUAUGCAUGCAAUGCUCUAGCAGUUAAUGAGAUGCUGUCUCGCAGGUGUAUGAACACCAUUGCACCAGAUGGUAUGAGGUUGGGAGGGGCAGUACUUGAAAACUUUGGUAUCUUCACAAGCCAAAGUUUUUACUGGGUUGGAGCUUUUGCAUUAUAGGAUUUGUUAUCGUCUUCAAUGUUAUGUUCACACUUUUGCUUGCGUUCUUAGAAUUUUAGUAUACAAAGUCAUGUUCUAGAUAUCAGAGUGAAUUUGUUCAUGUUCAUCUUCUUUAGUUUUUUGGUGUAAUGCUAGCUCUGUGAAAACCACAAGCUGUUGUUAGUGAUACCACAACAAAGGAAAUAGAAACCCAGACAGUAAAAAGAAAGAAAACUUCAUGGCUAAAAACUGUAGCAUCAAGCAAAGCUUAUUUGCUCAAGUCUUUCUCAAUGUCAUUUGGGAAGGAUGGCAAAGCUAUAAGUGAGCCAUUGGCAAUCAAAACAUUUUAUUUUAAUUUCCAAUCUAACAUGACAAUUCUCUUUUGCAGAAGAGAUGGUGGUGGAAGGAUGGAGUAAUCAAAUAGUCCCUACCGAAACAAUUGGUAGUGUUGUUUCAAAGAGAGGAGUGGUUCUUCCAUUUAAACCCGCUAACCAUUUCAUUUGAUGAAAUAAAUUACUAUGUUGACAUGCCGGCAGUAGGCAAUUAUCUUAAUAAUGUUUUCCGAAUCACUUGAAUUUUCAAGUGCUGCGACUGAUUGGAUUUGUGAACUAAGCAAAGCAGCUCCAGGCACAAGUGAUCUCUCCUUCACAACUCAGUACUGCCAAAGUUUUCUUGCCCAGUUUAAAUCAUGCCUUUGGAAGCAAUGGCUGACAUAUUGGAGGAGUCCUGAUUACAAUCUUGUGUCACUUCUCUCAUUUUUGGAUCCAUCCUCUGGAGAAUUGGAUGCAAGAGGUACACACACACAUGCAUGCAUGGUAUUAAUGAGUUCUGAAGCAGUAUGUGAUGGCAGGGAUACCUCAUCAGCUCUUACAAUAGUAAUUGGAGCCAUGUCAAUGGCUGAAGCAAUUGUAGGCUACAUAAACUGUUCAACUGCAAUACUAAUUGUAUCAAUCCAACGGACGGUGUUCUACCCAGAGAGAGCUGCUGGGAUGUACUCUGCUUUGCCGUAUGCCAUUGCACAGGUGGUUGUAGAGAUUACUAAUGCACUGAUUCAGGCCUUCUACUACUCUCUUCUAAUCUACUCUAUGAUGCAUUCCAAUGGACAGCAGCAAAAGGUUUAUUGGUUCAUAAUCUCAUUUUUCGCCUUAUUGUACUACACUUUCUAUAGAAUAAUGAUUGUAUACAUCACUCCCAAUCAUCAAGCAGCUGCAAUCCUUUAUUCUGUAAAUGAUGUUUCUCAUGUUUAUAUUUAUACAAAUCAUACAUACAAGAGCAGGAUCUUGGCUGAUCGUUUACUUGCCAUGCAAAAUGCAGCAUAG